AUGGGCAAUGAAUCAUCCACUCCUGUAGAUGACGCUGUGCCUCCGACAACACUGCACGGUCGAACGAUAGAAGCUGUUGCCAGAUACAUUGAGGAGAAGGAUGUUCAUAAUAUUGUGGUCAUGACGGGGGCCGGUAUCAGCACUUCUGCCGGCAUUCCCGACUUCCGAUCCCCAGAGACAGGCCUGUAUGCAAAUCUGGCACGUCUGAAUCUCCCAUAUGCAGAAGCAGUUUUCGACAUAUCAUACUUUCGAACCAAUCCACUCCCGUUCUAUGCACUUGCUCAUGAACUGUUUCCUGGGAAAUAUCGACCGACAGUAACACAUGCCUUCAUCAGCCUGCUCCAUAAGAAGGGAAAGCUGCUUCAGCUUUUCACACAGAACAUAGAUUGUUUGGAAAGAGAAGCAGGGGUGCCAGGGGAGAAGAUUGUCGAAGCACACGGCUCAUUUGCCACGCAACGAUGCAUUGAGUGCCACACGGAAUAUCCGGAUGAUAAGAUGAAGGAGAUGGUUAUGAAUAAGGAAGUUCCACACUGCGUGAGGAAAUCAUGCGAUGGGCUGGUAAAGCCUGACAUUGUGUUCUUCGGCGAGGCAUUGCCAGAGGCGUUUCAUCAGAAACGAGGCUUGCCGGCUCGUGCAGAUCUAGCGAUUGUCAUGGGAACAAGUUUGACAGUCCAGCCAUUCGCGAGUCUGCCUUCUUUCGUCAGAGAGGAAACACCUCGAGUCCUCAUCAACUUAGAGAGAGUCGGUUCAUUUGGCAGCCGACCAGACGACGUCCUUUUAUUGGGUGACUGUGACGAAGGAGUGCGUAAGUUUGCCGAUGCUUUAGGCUGGCGAGAUGAACUCGAAGAACUCUGGGACUCCACCAACCCCAACAAGGACACAAAGAAGAAGCAGCAAGAACCACCAAAGACUCGGCAAGAAGCAUUGGAUGACGAGGUUGAGAAAUUGACCAGAGACAUUGAUGCUUCACUGAAAUUGUCAAGUCAGGCGAAUGAAAGAAUAAGAAGUGAAUUGGAAAAGCCUAGCUCUACAGUCACUUCAGAUUCACAGUCGCCUCCCAAUUCAGUCACCCGCGACGAAGUCACCUCAGAUAAAGUGACCACACAGGCAGCCACCGAUCUCGUUCACGUCUUUCCACAUUUAAAAGAAGAUCGAUCGGACAAACCUUCUCUUUGA